AUGCCUUGGAUGAGAGCUAUCCUUUCUGUGGCGCGUUGCCUUCCACGGCAGCUCACGCUCGUGAGCCCAAAUGCUUGCGCUGCCACCGUAGCCUGCCGUGUAGUCGCUCUAUGCCGCGAGCCUAGCCGCUGGCAUGGCCCUCCGCGGCAGCUCACGCCCGCGAGCCCAGCUGCCCACACCGCUGCCGCAGCCUGCCAUGCAGUCUCACGGUCUCGCCACGCUGCGAGCCCAUCCGCGUGUGGCAACACUGCCGUGGAGCUUGCAAGCCUGGCCGCCUCGCCGCUGCACCUAGCACUCACCGUCCUCCAUGCUAGCCUGCUGUAUUGCACGAACGGAAGAACACCGAAGAGGAGACGACAUGAUGGAGAACAGGUUAACCCGGACGCGCUAGCGCAGGCGGCGCGCGCCGACGCGGAGCGCUCGGCCUCCGGCGGCCGCUGCGCCGUUGGCCUGCACGGCGUCCCCGUCCUGCUCAAGGACAACAUCGCCACGCGCGAUAGGCUCAACACCACGGCCGGCUCCCUGGCGCUGCUCGGCUCCGUGGUCAGGCGAGACGCCGGCGUGGUGACCCGCCUCCGCCGCGCCGUUGCCGUGAUCCUCGGCAAGGGCAACCCCUCCGAGUGGUCCAACUACCGCCCCGUCGAUUCCGGCUGGAGCGCCCGCGGCGGCCAGACGCUGAAUCCAUAUGUUCUGUCCGUGACGCCAUGCGGGUCCGAGACACUGGGGUCCGAGACCGACGUCUCCAUCCUCUGCCCAUCGUCGCUCAACUCUGUGGUUGGCAUCAAACCGACUGUUGGGUUGACUAGCCGGUCCGGUGUCAUCCCCAUCACUCCUCUUCAAGACACUUUUGGGUACAUACGUGAUGCCGUCCAUGUGUUGGACGUCAUUGUCGGCUACGACGAACUUGAUGAUGAAGCCACCGGAGCAGCGUCCAAGUACAUCCCGCACGGGGGAUUCACGCAGUUCCUGAGGAUCCAAGGAUUGAAGGCCAAGAGGAUCGGUGUCCUCGAUGUGUUUUUUCAAGGAUACGAUGACAUGCAAUUGGCGGUCAUAGCAUUCAACGAAGCGCAUCCUGUAGAGGAGAGACUCAAAGAUUUUGGGCAGCCAGACCUGAUUGCCGCGGAGAAAACCAAUGACAUUGGCACCAGGGAGAGAGCUGCCAUCCAGCGGCUCAAGGAGAUAUCCACCAAUGGGUUGGAAAAGCUGAUGAAGGAACACCAGCUGGAUGCAAUCGUGGCGCCCAACAGCGACGCCUCCUCUGUUCUCGCCGUCGGGGGCUAUCCGGGCAUCGCCGUGCCAGCGGGGUACGACAGGCAGGGAGUCCCCUUUGCGAUAUGCUUUGGUGGGCUCAAGGGCUACGAGCCAAGGUUGAUUGAGAUUGCUUAUGCGUUCGAGCAAGCUACAAAAGUCAGAAGACCGCCUAGUUUCAGGAGAUAG